UUUCUCUGCAGGUUCCAGUGUGGAAGGCGGAUCGGAAAUUUAAGUGCAGGACAAUUAUCGUAAUGAAUUUUGAAUAAUUUCUUGUUAUACAAUAUUCUUAACUAAUAGUUUAAAGUUGGUCCACUGAAAGACAUGACUACGUACGAAGAGUUUAUACAGCAGAAUGAGGACCGUGACGGGAUUCGUUUCACGUGGAAUGUUUGGCCUUCCAGUCGGCUGGAUGCCAGCCGUAUGGUUGUCCCGUUGGGAUGCCUCUAUCAACCGCUUAAAGAGCGUCCGGAUCUUCCACCCAUACUAUACGAUCCGGUUGUCUGCACCAGGACCACCUGCCGGGCCAUUCUAAAUCCGAUGUGCCAGGUGGACUACCGGGCAAAACUAUGGGUGUGCAACUUUUGCUUCCAGCGUAAUCCGUUUCCACCGCAGUAUGCAGCUAUCUCCGAACAGCAUCAACCGGCUGAGUUGAUUGCGGGUUUCAGUACAAUCGAAUACACCAUAACUAGGGCACCUUGUUUGCCUCCAGUUUUCCUGUUUGUUGUGGAUACAUGCAUGGACGAGGAAGAACUAACGGCGCUGAAGGAUUCCCUGCAGAUGUCACUCAGUUUGUUGCCAGCGAAUGCGCUGGUAGGUUUGAUAACCUUCGGAAAAAUGGUCCAGGUGCAUGAGCUCGGAACGGAUGGUUGUUCUAAAAGUUACGUGUUUCGAGGCACAAAAGAUUUGAAUGCGAAGCAAAUUCAGGAUAUGCUUGGCAUUGGAAGAGCUCCCGGGCCAAACCAGCAACAACCGCAGCAACGAGGUCCGGCUGGUCCCAUCCCGCCGGCCAAUCGCUUUCUACAACCACUGCACAAGUGCGACAUGGCACUAACCGAUCUGCUUGGAGAGUUACAACGGGAUCCGUGGCCUGUUCCGCAGGGAAAACGAUUCCUGCGUUCAACUGGAGCUGCGCUUUCGAUUGCAGUUGGCUUAUUGGAAUGUACCUACCCGAACACCGGUGCUCGUACAAUGCUAUUCCUCGGGGGACCGUGCUCUCAGGGCCCUGGUCAGGUGGUGGACGAUGAGCUGAAACAUCCUAUUCGAUCCCAUCAUGAUAUUCAGAAGGACAACGCUAAGUACAUGAAGAAAGCUAUUAAACAUUAUGAAGCGCUCGCACUUAGAUCGGCCACCAACGGCCAUUGCAUUGAUAUUUAUUCCUGUGCCCUGGAUCAAACCGGUCUAAUGGAGAUGAAGCAGUGCUGUAACUCCACUGGCGGUCACAUGGUUAUGGGCGAUUCGUUCAAUUCGUCGCUGUUCAAACAAACCUACCAGCGAGUAUUUGCCGUGGACCAGAAAGGUGAUCUGAAGAUGGCUUUUAACGGUACACUUGAGAUUAAAUGUUCUCGCGAACUUAAAAUCGAGGGCGGUAUAGGAUCUUGUGUUUCAUUGAACGUGAAAAAUGGCUCUGUUGCUGAUUCGGAAAUAGGAAUGGGAGGUACGGCUCAGUGGAAACUCUGUACUAUGACCCCGAACAGUACGAUGGCAUUCUUUUUCGAGGUGGCAAACCAACACGCCGCUCCAAUACCCCAAGGAGGUCGGGGUUGCCUGCAGUUUAUUACACAGUAUCAACAUUCUAGCGGUCAGCGCCGGAUUCGGGUUACUACGGUGGCACGAAGUUGGGCGGAUGCCACCGCAAAUCUUCACAUGAUUAGUGCCGGUUUUGAUCAGGAAGCUGCCGCUGUGCUUAUGUCUCGAAUGGUUGUAUAUCGGGCCGAAUCAGACGAUGGUCCGGACACCUUACGUUGGGUUGAUCGGCAGCUUAUACGUCUGUGUCAGAAGUUUGGUGAAUACAGUAAAGAUGAUCCUAACAGUUUUAGAUUGGCGGAGAAUUUCUCAUUGUUCCCGCAGUUUAUGUACCACCUGCGACGGUCACAGUUCUUGCAGGUAUUUAACAACUCACCCGAUGAGACCACAUUUUAUCGGCACAUGCUCAUGCGGGAGGACCUCACUCAAUCGUUGAUCAUGAUUCAACCAAUCCUGUAUUCUUAUUCGUUCAACGGUCCGCCCGAACCGGUCCUGCUGGACACGUCGUCAAUCCAGCCAGAUCGCAUCUUGCUGAUGGACACCUUCUUCCAAAUUCUCAUCUUUCACGGUGAAACGAUAGCGCAAUGGCGCAAUCUGAAGUACCAGGAAAUGCCCGAGUACGAAAACUUCAAGCAACUGCUGCAAGCGCCGGUCGACGAUGCGCAGGAAAUCCUACAGACUCGCUUCCCGAUGCCCCGGUACAUCGACACCGAGCAGGGUGGCUCGCAGGCUCGCUUUCUGCUGUCUAAGGUGAACCCUUCGCAGACGCACAACAACAUGUACGCCUACGGACAGAUGGCUGCAUCAACUGCGGACGGCGGAGCGUCCGUUCUCACAGACGAUGUGUCGCUGCAAGUAUUCAUGGAGCACUUGAAAAAGCUUGCCGUUUCCUCGACAACGUAAUCGUUCGAUCGUGACUACUCCUACUUAACUGCGAACAUACCUAAACGUCGUGUAUGGGACGGAUAGGACGUCAGCAAGCGCAGUGUUUCAGUUUUAUCAAUUAUGAUGUUAAUCAAUAGCAUUUCAUAUAGCCGUUCGGGUUCAAUAGGCAUGUGUUGGAAAAUCACACCGGCGCGGUCGUCAGUUUAUAAGUGUGUUGCAUUCAAUUGGCUCGGUCGUUGGUAUCGUCAACAUUGGCUUGAGAUAAGAAGCCAGUUGACGCAGUCGUGACAAACUUAAUUGAACUGAGGCCAAGCGGUCAAUUAACGUACUAGACUUUACAUUGAAAACUGCUGCCAGACGGCAAGUGUGAAAUUAUGUUUAUGUAGAAAGCAAGUUUAUUAUAUUUGUCAGAAAGCACCGG